UCCAUAGACCUGCAUUAGGAAUACCCUGCUCGGUCAUGUGAUCUCCCUUAACCCUCUCUGCUCCAGAAUCUAUGGAGUCAGCUCCCCGGUGACGUCACGAACAGACAUUCCAUUGGCCGCCCCCGGGUUCGGAGCUGGGCGCGAUGGAGGUUUACAUUCCGUCGUUUCGCUAUGAGGAGAGCGACCUGGAGAGGGGAUACACGGUUUUUAGGAUAGAAGUAUUGGUAAAUGGAAGAAAGCAUUUUGUUGAGAAGAGAUAUAGUGAAUUCCAUGCACUCCAUAAAAAGCUAAAGAAAAAUAUUAAAACUCCAGAGAUGCCCUCAAAGCAUGUAAGGAACUGGAUCCCUAAGGUACUGGAGCAAAGGCGGCAAGGACUUGAGUCAUACUUGCAGACUAUUAUAUAUGAAAAUGAAGAGCUCCCUAAAAUAUUUCUGGAUUUUCUGAAUGUUCGCCAUCUGCCAUCGUUGCCAAAAGCGGAGAGUUGCUGCUCCAUUGAGGAAAUUGAUUCAGAAGAAACUAGCAAACUGUCCCACCAGCCUGUGCUGCUAUUCCUGAGGGAUCCAUAUGUCUUGCCUAAAGCCAACGAUCUUGCAGCCAAUGUGGUGAUUGAAGGAGUUCUUCAUGGUAUAUUUUACCCACAUCUUCAGACCAGCUAGAACUGCGAUAUCGUCUACAAUAUCCAUCCUGAAACCAGCAGAGCUGUCGGGAGAGUAAUCCGUUUUCUUGAAAGCCUGACUGCAGUGGCGGCGAUGAGGCCACUUAACUGAGUACUAGUUUACUUAUUGUUUACUAAGGAAUCUAAUAAUGGAUGCAAAGGAGCAAGAAGAACCCAUCAUGAGGAGAGUCUUCUGCCAGUGUACAUGCCAAACAGGUUUAGAACGUGCCAGAAGAUGCCAUUCUAUUGGCCCUCCGUUACAGUAAUUCCUAUAUUGAAGAUACUACAGUACGCCAGUCCACAACAGGUUUCCAUCACUGGAAUUUUCACUGACAGAAAUCACAGAGUACUUUCAUUUAGGACACGUAGGGGCAAUUAUCUAAAACCGUAUGAAGUGGUUAUGCGUAUAUGUGAUAUUAAAGGGAGCCUGUCAUCCACUUUAUGCUGCCCAUACUAAUGCCAGUAUAAAGUAGAGACAGAUGAGUUGAUUUCAGCGGUCUGUCAUAAGUGGUAUACUUGGUAAUGAGCAACUGUAUAUAAACUGAUUGUAAAUAUCUUUCUGGAACAUUAGCAAUUAACCUGCUGCUCAACUGCUUAAAAUAAAGGGAAGCAUUAGACCUGUUGAGGACAGCUGUGGUGGUCCAGGAGCCUCUACCGGUGAGUCGUCAUAAUCUUCCAAAAUGUAUCAUAAAAUGAAGUUUAAAUGGGUUUUCUGAGACGUUAACUAGAUAGGUCAUCAGUAUCUGAAUGGUGAGUGUCUGACAUCUGGAACCCCCGCCAACCAGCUGUUUAAAAAGGCAUUGGAACUUGUGUAAGAGCCGCGGCCUCCUGGCAGCUUUCCCUAGGCCACGUCACAUUCAUCAGUCACGUGGCCUAGAUGCAGCUCAGCCCCAUUGAAGUGAAAGGGGCUGAGCUGCGACACCAAGUACAGCUGCUAUACAAUGUACAGCGCUGGGCUUAAUAUCACAAUGCUUACAGGAGCGCCGGUGCCUUCCCAAACAGAUGAUCGGCAGAGGUCCCGAGUUAGGACCCCCACCAAUCAGACACUGAUGACCGAGAGGAUAGAUCGUCAGUUAAAAAGUCUCGGAAAACUUCUUUAAUGAUCGAUUAGACUAGGUUCCAACAGUCGCCUCCCUCACAGAUUCUGGCAAAAAAAAUAAAAGAUAAAAUACUGCAACUGUAUUUUGUCUGGUUGACUUCUGGAAUUUAUACUGGAAACGCUAUGGACCUCAUUAAAGUUGAUGGGAUCCGUCAGACACCAGUGGUGUCCUACAUAGGCUUGAUGCAGGGAUUUCUGCACAGAUGUGAAGACUUCUUUUGUACUUUAGUAACUAGCUUUACUCAUGAUGCAGCUCCUCUGUGCUGCUGUGCUCUGGCUUGUGCUAAGUAUUGUCACAGGGACAUUAGGUGGCUUCAUUUUGCCAUACACCUCCAAGUCCACAGCCUAGCUGACUUUAAUAGAGGCUGCUAAUCACCAUCUGGCAGGGACUGAACUGAUAAAGCACAAGGGGGCACUGGAACUGUAGGAUUCGUGUAACGUCCAUCACCGACAGCAUGGCAAAGAAGUACGUUACUAAAAUACUUUAGAUUUGUUCUGUACACCAAAGGGGACUUAAUGUAAAGCUUACUGAAAGGACUUGGGCAGGUUGGCUUCACUAAAUCUAAAGAAGUUUUUCCAUCAUGGUCAGUUAUGGCAUAUUGUUGGGAUAUUGAUAGAUAGGGUUCUGACACUGGGACCCCUGAAAUCACUAGAAUGGAAGCGCCACUGCACAAAUGAAUGGAGCCGAGUUGUUGUAUCUGCACUUUUCCAGGAGAAAAUGGAGACCAUUUUCUUUGCUAGGAAUUUGGGCCUUCUAGUGAUUGCAGGGGGUUCAGUAGUCAAGACACCUAGCAAUCAGUGAAAUGGGAUAUAUAGUGGGAAAACUCCUUUAAAGGGGUUCUCCGGGAACUAAGAAAAACACUGAGCUAAAUUGCUGCCUCAUCUUCCUCCCUGCUCUGCUUGUCAGGGAGUAUGAUCCUGAAUACAGUUUAAUAUGGUCAUCAGCUGAAUCUCUGUAGGAAUGGAGCAGAUGUGGCUAAUGAGCAGCAGCUCUUGUAUGCAGUCUCCAUUACCACAGUCUGUCCUGUCCGUCCUCUCUGUACUUCCGGUCUCCUCAUGAUCUCCAUCCCUACAAGAUUCAGCUGAAAAUCUUAUCAUCUGUAUUCAGGAUCAUAAUCCCUGACAAGAAGGGGAGGCGGAUGGGGCAGCUCUUUACCUCAGUGUUGUGAAGUAAGUUCUCCUCCUGUGUGAUUAGGACAGGCGUUGCGUGCAUUAAUAGGACAGCAGACAUUUUGUUUCUCCUAAUCAUUGCUCGAUAGACAAAACUACCCAUUAUAACUAAUGAAAGGUAUUUGGGAAUAUAUUUAUAAUGAAGUAAUAUUUAUGUAUUUUCAUUUUCUUAAAUCCCGGAGAACCCCUUUAAUGUAUGUUUAUAUAUGGUUAUAUUUAGAAUUGCUGUGUUUCUGCACUGUGAGAAUAUAUCCGUCCUGACAAUGCUGCAGAUAUACUUGACUCUCACACAUUAAAGGGGUUAUGCCGAGUUUGUAAGGCUAUCCCCUAUCCACAGGAUAAGGUUAUAACUAAGUGUUCGAUAGGGGUCCGACCACAAGGGACUAAUCCCAUCAGAAAGGGGGAAUGUGCCCAGCGCUCUCUGGACCCGUGGGGAUCCCAGCUUUUGGACCAUUGAUCAGUUAGCCAUCUCCUAUCCUGUAAACUUGGCACUAACCCUUUAACAGCAGCAAGCGUGGAUCUGGCCCCAGGGACCAUGUGGCAGUUCUAAAAGUAAAUGAAGCAACUUAUCAUAUUUAAUUACAUGUCAUUGAUUGAAACUUGCCUUCACCUGGAUAAUGCCUUUAAGAAGAAACCUGUGCCUGUAAGGUUCCCUAGGAUUAUAUGACGAGCCAGAACUCACUCGCCCUGCCACAGUCACACUAGAAGCAGUCCCAUUUCUAAGGCUACUUUCACACCUGCGUUAGGUGCGAUCGGUCUGAUAUCUGCACAGACUGAUCCGCACCUAUAAUGCAAACGAUUGUAUCCGUUCAGAACGGAUCUGUUUGCAUUACCAUGAA